CAGGAGAAGAUUUUUUGUCAUAGGGGAGGGGAAUUGGAUGGUGAAAACAUAUUGCUAAUGUUUUGGUUUGCUUGUUGGAGGGUUAGCCCAGGGAUUCCGCUGCCUCUCAUUGCUCUUUUUGGCUGAAUGUGACCUUUUUCAGCACCUUUUUUUUCCUUUUCCACUCGCGCAACAGGAAAAAGGAUAAAAAACCAGACGAUAUGUGUGUGUAGUAUGUUGAUGGUGACCAUCUGUGGAGUUAAAGCCAGUGUUGAAAGACAAGACAGGAAGAAGCUCUCGCUGCCCUCCCACCCAAAUGCAGCCCACCCUUGCUCUUUGAGCCGGAGCCUCUUUUAGGCUGGCGACGCUGCGAGGGAUGCUGGUGCUGCUUCCGCCAGCAACACCUUUCCCAAAAAAAUAUAGUAAACAAAGAAUAGCCUUCUUUGGUGAUGGGCAUCUGGCGAAUUCCAGUAGAUGAGAUUGAUCGACCAGGAAGUUUUGCAUCUCAUAUGAACCGAUCCAUUGUCCUCUUGCUAGAGGUGCUCUCAAAGCUUAAAGAUCACGACACCUUGCUGAAAGUCUCGUUCAUGCUGCAGAGAACCCCUGAUCAGGGAAAGAAAUAUUUACGUGAUGUUGAUCGCCAGCUUUUGGCAAAGAGAGCGUUUUUCCUGAAUGUAAAAGUCCUGGAGGACAAUCUAAACAGUCUCACUGGGGUGCAGCUUUCCAAAGCAGCUACCGCCUCCAUGGGGGAAAUGACCACUACGGCCGUAUCCAACAGGCCAAGUUCUGAGGACAGCAAACAUGCCUUGCCUAAAAAGGCAGGGCUUACAGAAGUCUCCUGUACCACUAACACAGGGCCCAAGGACACCACCCAAGCACAAAUCACUCCACCCGCAAUAUCUACAGAUAAAGGUAGCAAGGUAGAGAAUCUGCUGGGAAAAGUGGAUCUUCCUGGGAGUGAGGGGCCCAGAACAAGGCAAGAGGAACCGAUGGAUUUGGAAUCAGGCCAUUGGAGGAAGGCAACUACAGCCACAGAUACUCAGGGCAGAAAAAGCGAGGUCUGUACCUCUCUGGGCUUAAUGGAUUCACAGCAUAAAGCGCCUGACAUUAGCCGGACAUCAGAGCUGUCCCUGGAGGAGCUCAGUAUUAGUUCUCGGCAGCAGCAGCUCCAAUCCGCGGCAGCCAAGGUCACUAUCACUGAUCAGGGUUUAAUACGAAGACCUAACAGAAAAAGGAAACUUUUAGAGGACGUGGAGUCGGGAAAAACCCUGCUGCUUGACGCUUACAGGGUGUGGCAGCAAGGCCAGAAAGUCAUGACGUACGACCUGGGCCGCAUUGAAAAGAUCAUGUCGGAGACCUACAUGCUCAUAAAACAGGUUGAUGAGGAUGUGGCUCUGGACCAAGCUGUGAAGUUUUGCCAGAUUCAGCUGGCUACUUCUACCCAAAGACAGACUGCAGGUGACGCCCCCAGCACGCCCAAAUACAGCAGAGACCUCUUCUUCCCUGCCUCCCUACCAACGCCGGUCUUGAUCAGCCACGCCACGUGCCAACCACUGUCCACCCAAGACGGCCAAGCCAAAGUGGUGUUUGAGCCCCUGAGCAAGUUGUCAAGACCUCAAACGUCGGGCUUCCACGAUCAGUCUGUGCACAGGAGAGCAGUUUGCCAUCCUGCGUCAGCAGUAGCAGCAGCAGCGGCAGCAGCGGCCAUGUCCUUCCUACAACACACAGAGGAGCGUGAGGAGCCCACUGAGGGACUGUUGUACCGGCAGCAGGAAUCACACCUUUGUCAACAGAUGAAGCUGGCCACGGUUUCGCAGGUGCAGGAAACAGCGGCAGGCUGGUUCCGGGAAGAAACGGCCACAUGUAGCAGCAGCAGCAGCACCACGCAGCAUUGUGCAGACCAGCAGCAGUAUGCCAGCGGCGAUCAGUCAAAGCUUCCAGACCCCAAUCGUGUCCGCUCCAGAGUCCCACCCAACAUGCCAAAGCUCUUCAUCCCCGCCACGCUCACCAAGUUCCCGCCAGAGAUCACAGUGACUCCGCCCACGCCCACACUGCUCUCUCCCAAAGGCAGCAUCUCCGAGGAAACCAAACAAAAACUCAAGAAGGUCAUUUUGUCAUCACAGUCUGCUGCCACGGUCAAGAAGGACUCUCUGAUCCAGCCCUCUUUGGACCUGCAGGACACAUCCAGCCAGGAGUCCUCUCUGGAGAGCGAGUCUGAUGAAGAGGACGAUUACAUGGACAUUUGACUUCUGAUGAAGAGGACGAUUACAUGGACAUUUGACUUCUGAUGAAGAGGACGAUUACAUGGACAUUUGACUUCUGAUGAAGAGGACGAUUACAUGGACAUUUGACUUCUGAUGAAGAGGACGAUUACAUGGACAUUUGACUUCUGAUGAAGAGGACGAUUACAUGGACAUUUGACUUCUGAUGAAGAGGACGAUUACAUGGACAUUUGACUUCUGAUGAAGAGGACGAUUACAUGGACAUUUGACUUCUGAUGAAGAGGACGAUUACAUGGACAUUUGACUUCUGAUGAAGAGGACGAUUACAUGGACAUUUGACUUCUGAUGAAGAGGACGAUUACAUGGACAUUUGACUUCUGAUGAAGAGGACGAUUACAUGGACAUUUGACUUCUGAUGAAGAGGACGAUUACAUGGACAUUUGACUUCUGAUGAAGAGGACGAUUACAUGGACAUUUGACUUCUGAUGAAGAGGACGAUUACAUGGACAUUUGACUUCUGACGGCAGGUGACUCGGGGCGGCCAUGACACCCAGAGAACGCCGCUUAGUGGUUGGCUGCCAUGUCACCACCUUGUGGUGUGAGUGCUGCACCACAGCUUUCAUAGCAUGUCUGUAUGGUGCUACUUAUGCUUCAUCCUCACCUGUUGAUGCGUCAUCCUCACCUGUUGAUGCUUCAUCCUCACCUGUUGAUGCUUCAUCCUCACCUGUUGAUGCUUCAUCCUCACCUGUUGAUGCGUCAUCCUCACCUGUUGAUGCGUCAUCCUCACCUGUUGAUGCGUCAUCCUCACCUGUUGAUGCUUCAUCCUCACCUGUUGAUGCUUCAUCCUCACCUGUUGAUGCUUCAUCCUCACCUGUUGAUGCUUCAUCCUCACCUGUUGAUGCUUCAUCCUCACCUGUUGAUGCUUCAUCCUCACCUGUUGAUGCUUCAUCCUUUACUCCCAGUUGCAGCGCUACAUUUCAGUCAGUGAAGCUGUAGCACAUGAGAAAUGUUUACAGUACACUCAACAUUUGAGUGAGUCAGCGCUCAGGUGUGCUUUUUUGUCCCCCCUUCCAUCCCCCCUCCUGAUAUUUUUACCUGACUUUAUUGCAGCGUUUUCUCUGUACCUGUGAGCUUCUCACCAAGGUGGCAGCCAUCACCAGCACUGAUGUGAAUGAUGUUGAAAGACUACAAGACUUUUGUACAUAGCAGCAUUCACAUUGGCCUCAAUGGGCCCAGUGAGUGAGUGAGUGAGUGAGUGAGUGAGUGAGUGAGUGUGAGAGUGAGUGAGUGAGCGAGCGAGCGAGCGAGUGAGUGAGCGAGCGAGCGAGCGAGCGAGUGAGUUAGCUAGCGAGCAUCUUUCCUAAGGUGACCAGAAUCCAGAUGCAGUCUCUCCAAAUGUCCAGAAAGCAGAGUCACUGAGUGCUUGAAGAUGUCAGAAUGUGUUUUUUGUACUGAUUGUUUCUAUCAAAAGCUAUCUUUCUUUCUUAAAAGGUGAAAAUAUCAUUUUUGGAGAAAAAAAAAGAAUGCAGCUUUUUCCUUACAUGGUUAAGAUGAGAUGUGAAGAUGAUUUUGUACUUCAUGUCUGAGGUGAUGGAUGACUCUCUCUCUGCCCGGCCUCAACUUCACUGAGGACGUCUCACCAAAAAUGUAAAUAUUACACCAUAAAGCUGUCUUCUUUGUAUUGGGGUUGUGUUCAAAGGUAGGUGUGUGUGUGUGUGUGUAUGUGUGUGUGUGUGUGUGUGUGUGUGUGUGUGUGUGUGUGUGUGUGUGUGUGUGUGUGUGUGUGUGUGUGCGUGCGCGCGCGUGCGUGCGUGUGCGUGUGCGUGCGUGCGUGCGUGCGUGCGUGCGUGCGUGACCUCAAUUAUCCAUCCAUCAAAUGAGAUGAAUGACAUCUUACUGCAUGUCAAAGUGCUUCCUGUUGUAUUUUUUUCUAGUCUUGUAACUUUUGCCCAUGUCCAAAACAGUCAAUCUUACAUUGUACAUUGUACAUUGUACAGUAUUAAAGUGAUAGCUGGAAGAA